CAAUCUUCGGACGAAGCGACUUUAUCAAUUGUCAUGUAGAUAAACCCCCGUUGCAGUACGAACGACGUCGCUGCAUCUUCAACCUUUGGACAUCGGUAGGUGAUUAACAAGAUGGAGACCGGGAGGAGGUUUUUAUUACGGUGUUGGAUUACAGCAGUACUGUUCUUGGUCGUCGCGGCGGACCCUCCGCUCCACGGGCUGGAAAAGAGUGUGUGUGACCCCGCAACAUUAACCAACAAUGGAAUCAAAUCGAAGCCGACAUUACCAAACACGUACAGUGUUAAGGUAGAGUGUAACUUCAAGGACAAGAACCAAACGAUAGACAUGUCCGAGUACUACGACUACCCCAACCAGCGGGCCGCCGUGUUCGAGGACGAGCUAGGCUUCCACGCCCAGGGAAUCUACUCAUACAACACAAACGAGUUCUUCUUUCUAGAGGACCAAUUGCAACAAUGCACCGUGUCACAGUUAUCCUCUGACAAAUCAGAUAACUGGUUAUUUGGUUACAACACCGGAAGUACCAAUCCCAACGCCCCGAAAAUGUACAGUGCAUACGGGGCCCUCCACUUCGGCGGGAACCAGACGGAACAGUACAUGGGCACCACCACAGUCCGGGGCAUGCUGGUCGACCAAUGGCAGUCCUGUCUGUACUGGCCCAACAUGGACGCCACCAUGACCGUUAAUUGGUAUUUUACAGUGGACGGUUGGGACACCGCCAUACAAUCACGUGUUCCAGUCCGCGCCACAGUGGUGGGUAAAAUCUACGAACCAAACUUCAGUAACGGCCGCACCCCCCGGGCCAUCAACCACACGUACGAGUUUGCCGAGUUCAGGGGUCAGUUUCCAGACUAUGUAGACCCGACCCAUUUAUUUGAGACGCCGUCUGGGUAUGUGUGUCCAGGCAGAAAGAACAUGAAGCCACUACCGACCCCGUCAAACUACUUCAGAUUUACGUCUGAAAUUCUGGACCCAAACCAAAAAACCAUUGGAUUCAUCAAAGAAUGGUAUGACUACAACAUGAGCUUGGUGCGAUACGACUACAAACCUAACCCCAUCAACGUGGUCAACUUUGGUCUGGACACGCUCUCAGAGGUCCACGACUGGAACGAGGGCGUGGCGUACCGGAUGGACAAGAUGCGCGGUAAUUGUUCCGUGACGCCUAUCGCUGGUAGUGACUUUGACGCUCACUCCCUUGACGCUACCACCGUCAGAAUCCGGACGGCAAAGGAGUUCUUUUACUUCGACAAGACUCAGUAUGCAUACGAAGGAGUUAAAAAGGCUCGUGGUAUUGAUUGUAACGUAUGGAUCGCCACAAGAAAUGACUGGCCGUCCACGGGACCCGUCAAUAGCACGUGGGAGUGGUACUUUGCUGUGAACGACUGGAUACAAAGUACGGGUCAUACUUACGAUUUUGGGAUGCCGAUCCAGAUGAGACUAACCACCAGUGACCUUUCCUAUAUAUACAACAUAUACGACUACGAUGAGGAGCAGCCCAGUAUAUUUGACUUUGACAUUUCAUCCUGCUUCAACUACACACAGAAGCAGGACUUCACCUUCAAGAUAAACGCUGAUUAUCAUACAACCGUCGCCAAAAACCUGCAGCUUUUCAAGUAUGAAGUUCUCCUUACUGUGCACAAGUGGACAAAUCUAUCCCCUCUCAGAAUCCAGAACAUACAGGUUGAUUACGACACAACCAGUGUGAUUGUGAGAGUGACAGCGCUAGGGGGCUCUCCGAUACAAGGUGAUGUCCCAAAUCCAAAGGCACAGGUUGACCUCAAUCAAGCAGCUACAAUGUUGAAUGACGCAAUUAACAAAGGUUCAUUCCAAAUACCUGUUGAUGUCACCAAUAUUCAAAACCCCAUCUUUCUGACCGCCGUCCCAUACACCCUCAGUAGCAGUCAGUACCAGAGUGUACCGGAAUAUUACGUGGCACCACCUCCCGCCAAAACCACGUACUCUGCAGGUCAGAUGGCCGGCCUCGGGAUCGGCAUGCUGGUGCUCGCCUUCGCCCUGGUCUUUGUGUCUCUGACUGUUUACUUUAAGAAAUUCCGUGCUACUGGCUCAGUGCAAAGUUCCAUGGAAAAUCCUACCUACAGCAAGGAGUAGGAACAUCAUUUCGUCACACACAAUAAAGACUACGCCACACAUUUUGGAUCUGUGAAAGUUUUGUGUAUCUCCAAACUAUAUACCACUUUCUGGACCAAGCUAAAUGAAUACAAUCAUUGCUUUUACAUGGAGACACGGGGUUAUAUGUAUACACGACACUACUUGAUUCUCCUAUUCCAGCACACUUUUACAUCCGUGAGUGUGUAUAUAUGUAUGUAUUUAUGUAUUGUGUUUUGGUUCUGUACGUAUUUGUGAAUAAACCUUUACAUUA